UCUUUAACUUUUAGCAGCAUAUUUUAUUGUUGGCAUAUCCGUUAUGCGUUAAAACAUUUCCUUGUAACGUUUUAUAUAUGUAUUUUAAAGAAAUAUUUUCUUUUUUCCUUUCAGAGUUAAAGUACCUUGUGAUUUCUACAUUGCCAUAAAAUGUUUAAAAAAAAAAAAAGCCAGCUGUUUCUGUCCAAAUUACAAUAAUGCUCCCUGCGGAACGCUUGUUUAUACAGGUUUUAGAGAGCACAGAUUACGGUCACACAAAGUCAUUGUGGGAAAUGGUGUUUUAUUGGUUAAUUUAAAACUACAUUUCCCUACUCCCUUCGUUAAUCGGACGGGACUCAAAUUCAAAGUAGUACGGUACAAAAUUUAUGAGCUGUGAAAGUCUGUUAGAUUCGUGAAAUAUUUAAUGGGCUCGUUGGGUUGCACACAAAGCUGGAGUUUGCGAGAGGUGUAUGUGGAUGUAGCAUUCAGCUCAAAACAGGAGCCACAAUGCGGGUUUAUAGGCUGUGGCUGCAGUCGUAUUGUAUGAGCGCUGUGCUCUCUGGACGCUUCUCUGGCUGCUCGUGCUCACGUAUGGCUAUGUUUUCGUCCUUCCCUUGUUUGCGGGCGCGCAAGAAGAGCAGCCAGUACGGCGAUGUGGACUCUGAACACUAUUCAGCACUAGUGAAAGCGGUCGUGUCUACGAGAAUCAGCUCUCAGACUCCAGAAAGUAUUGAAAACGAAGAUCAGUGGCUUUACGGAUCUAUCGUAAAAUCCAAGCCCCAGGUGUGCAGAGCGCUUAAAAACCCGUGGCCUCUGUUAAACGACGCAAAACGUGUCCUUGACGCAGAGAACGUGGAGGGAAGCAUGACUCGGAUAAGCUUGCAAAGAGGUUCAGAUCACGCAUCUAUACCAAGUGUAACAAAAAUACUUCAAAAGACAAUGUCACCCCAGCAAGCCUUUUAUUUGGAGAGAUGGAAGAAAAAGAAGAUCGCUGAGCUUGGCGUGGAAGGCUUCAAAGAAUACAGCAACAGUUUGCGAAACACUUGGAUGGAAACCAGUGUGUGCCUCUUGUCGAACCUUCCAAAUGGAAAGAAUUCACUGUGUGUCAUAGAGUGGAAGACAUCAGAGAAGCCAAAACCUUUCCUUUACAACACAUAUGACAACCCCUUGCAGGUGGCCGCCUACAUUGGAGCCUUAAACAGUGACAAAAACUACAACUACCAGGUGGAUAGUGGCUUGAUUGUGGUUGCCUACAAAGACGGCUCACCAGCCCACUCUCACUUCCUGAAAGCAGACCAGGUUGUGCAGUAUUGGGAUAAAUGGCUCUUCCGACUGGAGGAAUAUAUGGAGAAUGAUGGGCCACCCAGUCCUUGCUGAUGGCCCAAAAACUAAAAGUGUCUAUAAUCGUCCAACUGUGUGCUCAGUUGGUUUUGUUAGUCUUCUUCCUUUCUGUUCCAAGAAAGGGUCUAAAAUCCAUGGAAAGCAGUGCUUUAUAUGAUUACACAAAAUUCCAGAUACGUGUAGUAUCUACUGAUACUUUACAAAAGAAGCUUGCACUUUCUGUAUUAUAGUACCAUAAACUAGUCAGAAAUAUUUAAGUGCAGAGGACUAUACCAAUCUAAUUUCCACUCACAGAUGACUGAAAAAUUCUUUCUGGCCUUUUGGUACUUCCUUCUUUACAAAGGAAAUAUUUAGAUGAACAGCUUCUGCUUGAAUGGAUUUUACAUUAGUGCAGUUGAAUGUCUGGAAUUGAAUUCCCCCUGUUGUGAAAAUUAACCUUUUUGAAUGUUAUGUAUAGCUUUGUAUUUUUGCAGUGCGUUGCUUCGUAGUUAACUUGUAAGUAAAUCUUGAGGUUUCUUUUUUUUCAUUACUGGAGGAUACAGCACUUCCUUUCCAAAUUACGUUAAAGUAUUACUUGGAUAUGCAGAAGCAUUUGAAAUUGGUUUUAUUGAACCAUUUGUCAUUUAUGUAUAGGCUGUGUAUGGAAUGCUGUAAUUUUUUUGUUGCUUUAUUUGCAUUGCAAAUUUUAUAAAAAUUAAAUGUAGUUGACUUUUUUCUGAAAA